GUGGCCAUCGUCAAUGACUCUGCGGACAACCGUGCAUGCAGCUUCCCAACAACGGGGUACACUUACAUUUGUUGAUUGAUAUAGCUCCUUCCUCAUACUCAGCUCUCAUAGGUGAUUGGACAGCUUUCCUGCAGUUCUUCCGUGGUUCCAAAAAGUAAAUAGUAGUCACAAUUGCAAUGCAUUUGCAGAGUCGAAAAGAACUUCUGCACUCCGCUCUCUGCCACUUCUAAUUAUUAUUGGAAAUUCAAUGCCCUUAUUUCCUUUCUCUUUUAAAUUAUGAUCCUUUUAUCAUAAUAUGAAAAAUGCGCACUGGGGUGUAGUACAUAAAGCUGUCGUAAGGCAGCGCUGGCGAGGCCGGUGUGGCCAGCUGGACUCAGCCAGUGUGUGCGGGGACUGAGGUACUCGCUUGGUAUUCGUUGAGAUGUUAACUGUGUGUAAUCGUCAUGUAUUCGUUAACAGUGUGUAGCCGUUUUUGUAUUCGAGUCGUAAACGUUGAUUUGUCCCUUGUAUGUUGAAUAAAAGUAUUCGUCUUAAACGACUCUUUCAUUCUUAAGACACCUCAAUUGGCGACGAGGAUAAAAACCGCGAGUGAUUGCCGAAUUCGAAUGCCAUUUUCGAGUUCCUCCGUCGAGGAGAAAGACGCAGCAUUACGCUGUUUCCAGCGACUUUACGGGAUACCAGCAUCUCCUCCAAAACCUUUACCACCCUACAAGAAGAAGAAAAACCCAAAUCACCCGACGACAAGUGAUACAACGUCUCAUGAAGUGCUAAAUAUAAUCAGUGAUAUCGCGAAUAGUGCACAAUCGGGCUCCAUUCCUCGUGAGAAAAUGCCUAACGUUUUUGGUGUAACCGACCUCAGAUUUGAACUCAUUGACGAAUGGCAAAUGUUUAUUGAAAGGCUUGAACUAAUGUUUAUCUCACAAAAUGUAGAAAAAGACAAACAAGUUCCGGAGCUGCUAACGCGAGUGAGUGCGGAAACGUAUUCAAUUAUUCGUGACCUAUCAAUCCCACAGAAACCUAGUGAGCUUAAAUUUGACAAAUUAGUCAAAUUAGUUGAAAAACAUUUAGAACCACCGUCAUCAGAACUUGCAAGGCGUCAUAAAUUCGUAACGGUUGAGCAAAAUACAAAUGAAAGCCUUAGUGAUUUCAUUGCGCGGCUGAAAAAAAGCGUCACGUGAUUGUAAUUUCAGUGAUCUUAGCAUGGCUCUACGCGAUCAAUUCGAUCAUGGUCUUAUCAAUCAUAAAACAAGGGUCGAGCUGUUCCGUAAAGAUAAGUUAACAUUCGCCGAAGCAGUGAAGAUAGCAGAAGAUUGGGAAUCAGCUGUGAUAAAUGCUAAAAGUGCUGACAAGUACAGCGACAAGGAGAUAACCGGAAACAGUUCAACGUCCGCGGAGGCCGAAGUCAACUACGCGUCCUCUUCCAGAAGGAAAUUCCAAGGCAAUCGAAACUCCAACUCCUAUCGCGACGACAAUCGCUCCAACCAAGCUUAUCAACAACGCGGCAGAGGGCAUCGUCAACGGAGGAACUUUCACAACGACUCAUCCAGGGAUCGCACAACGCUCGCAAUCAGCAACGUCGAGAUCACGACACCCGGCAUGGGAACCAGUUCUCAAGCGACUCAUUGCGACCAACCUCUUAUCAACAGUCAAACUCGAAAAUUAUUUGUUAUUGUUGUAAUGAACCAAAUCAUUUAGCCAAAUUUUGUUUGUUUAGGUUUAAUACUUGUAAAUAUUGUAAACGAAAAGGGCAUAUGGAAAAAGUGUGUCGAAAGAAAAGUAAUGUUAACAUGAUCGAGAAUAUUCAAAAUAACUCAGGAGAAAUAAGCGAAUCUUCUGAUUGUGAUUUUUUCUUCAUAAAAGAAACAAGUGUGAAGUUUCUGGAAGACAGUAAACCUAUGUUCCUACAAAUUAAAAUUGGUAAUUCAAAACUUGAUAUGGAAAUUGAUACAGGUACGUUUGCUUCUAUUAUUUCAGAGAAAACUAAAAAUAAAUUAUUUCCCAAUUUUGAAAUGCA